GGUGAUGAACUGACUCCGAUAAACUCCUUGCUUUGGAGCUAGCCACCUAAACAACUAAACUUUCCGGUUAACCAAAACCCUUUGGAGCAGAGCGACAAAGACAGAGACAAAAGAGAAGGCUUUGCUGCUUUGCAUAAAGAAUAUAUCCACCCAUGAAAGAAAAGAGAAAACCCAAAAGCAGAGACCAUUUUCUUCCAUUUUUAUUCUCGAGAAACUAACCCCACCUUGGCCUGUAGCCUGCUUCACAGCCUCCCUCUCUCUUUCUCUCUGUGUUUCUCUGGGUGGUUUUUGCACGCCAGAGGUAAAGGCUCAACAUUAUUCUCUCUCUCUUGGUGGUGGUAAAGCUUGAAACUUUAUAAUCUUAUUCUCUGUUUGUUCAUAUAUGCAGAAGAUUUAUUGUCAUUUAGAUAUGCGUGGUCUAAAGCUUUUAGACCGAUUCACAAGUACCCAAGUCCACGCUCUCAAUCCUACAGACACCUCCAAUGGUAAAACCCAUGUUGGUGUUUCAAGAGCUAAGCUUAACAGUCACCUGAUUAAAUCUUUUGGGUCAAAUUCAAAGCCCAAAAGUUUCAACUCACUCUCUGUGACUGAAGCUCUUCUGCUGCCUUAUGGACUUCCUGCAACUGACCUGCUUGAACCCUCCAUAGAGCCUCACCUCAAGCCCGCUGAAUUUGUUGAAAUCUUAGCUGACCUCUAUCACCGCUUAGAGAAUUGCUCGUCUCAAUCUGAUAAAUCUUUGUUAUCUAUUGAGCAGUAUUCUCUCUUGCGCAGUCUUGGUGACCCCAAGCUGCUUCGCCGGUGUCUUCGUGCUGCUCGACAAAAUGCUGUUGAUGUAAACUCUAAGGUUGUGCUUUCGGCUUGGUUGAGGUUUGAGAGGAGGGAGGAUGAGCUUGUGGGUAUGUCAGCUAUGGCUUGUAGUGGGCAAGUUCUUGAGUGUCCUAAGGUUGCUUUGGUAAAUGGGUUUGAUCCAAAUUUGGUUUCUGGUCAUUGCCAAUGUGAUCAUGACCCCAGUAAAGCAGUCAAUAUGCUUAUUUUUGAGGACAAUGAGUGUGUGAGUUUGGAGGAGGAGGAGGAAAGUGAUGUUUCAUUUUGUAUUGGCAAUGUAGAAAUCAAUUGUGCAAGGAGUAAAAUUGCAUCGCUUUCUAGUCCUUUUGAGGCUAUGUUGUAUGGAUGUUUCAAAGAAUCGAAAAAGGGUAAGAUUGAUUUUUCGGAAAAUGGGAUAUCUGUGAAGGGAAUGAGAGCUGUGGAAAUGUAUAGUAGGACUAGGAGAUUGGACUUGUUUAGUCCUGAGAUUGUUGUGGAGUUACUUUCUUUUGCAAAUAGGUUCUGUUGUGAGGAGAUGAAGUCUGCUUGUGAUGCUUAUUUAGCUUCACUGGUUGAUAACAUUGAUGAUGCAUUGGUUCUUAUUGAGUAUGGUUUGGAGGAGAUGGCAUAUCUUCUUGUAGCUGCCUGCUUGCAGGUAUUGCUGAGAGGGCUUCCCAGUUCUCUGUAUAAUCCGAAGGUGAUGAAAUUUCUUUGUAGCUCCAAGGUCAGGGAGAGAUUGGCCAUGGCAGGGCAUGGAUUCUUGUUGUAUUAUUUUCUAAGCCAUGUGGCUAUGGAGGAAAGUAUGGUGUCUAAGACAACUGUGAUGCUAUUGGAGAGGUUGGAAGAAUGUACAACCGAGAGGUGGCAGAAAACACUUGUGUUGCAUCAAUUGGGUUGUGUUUUGCUUGAGAGAAGAGAGUUUAAGGAUGCCCAGUUUCGUUUUCUGGCUGCAGCUAAGGCAGGACAUGUUUAUUCAGUGGCUGGUGUUGCAAGGACCAAAUACAAACAGGGGCAGCAGUAUUCAGCAUAUACAUUGAUGAGCUCUAUUAUCUCCGAGUAUAAACCUGCUGGGUGGAUGUACCAGGAACGUGCCCUCUAUAACAUUGGGAAGGAGAAGAUUUUGGAUUUGAGCACUGCAACUGAAUUAGAUCCCACUCUAUUAUUUCCAUAUAAAUAUAGAGCUGUCGCAAAGGCGGAGGAGAAGCAAAUUAGAGCAGCUAUUUUGGAGAUUGAUAGAACUGUUAGGUUUAAGCUCUCACCUGACUGCAUUGAAUUACGGGCUUGGUUCUUCAUCGCACUUGAAGAUUAUGAAAGUGCUCUCCGAGAUAUCCGUGUGUUACUAACUUUAGAACCCAAUUACAUGAUGUUCCAUGGAAAGGUUAGUGGGGAUUACUUGGUUGAGCUUCUCAGCCAUCGGGUUAAGCAAUUGAGUCAAGCUGAUUGCUGGAUGCACCUAUAUGAUCAGUGGUCGUCUGUUGAUGACGUUGGAUCUCUGGCAAUCAUACAUCAGAUGUUGGGACAUAACCCUGGAAAGAGUCUCAUUCAGUUUCGGCAAUCUUUGCUUCUUUUACGGUUAAAUUGUCAGAAGGCUGCAAUGCGCAGUUUGCGGUUGGCAAGAAAUAAUUCUGGAUCUGAGCAUGAGAGGCUGGUCUAUGAAGGAUGGAUUUUAUAUGACACUGGAAAUCGUGAAGAAGCUCUCUCAAAGGCGGAAAAGUCAAUUCACAUUCAGAGGUCAUUUGAAGCUUUUUUCCUUAAAGCAUAUGCAUUGGCAGAUACUAGCCUGGACUCUGAAUCAUCAUCAUAUGUUAUUCAACUGCUGGAGGAAGCUCUUAAAUGUCCUUCAGAUGGUCUUCGUAAAGGACAGGCACUAAAUAACUUGGGGAGUAUAUAUGUGGAUUGUGGGAAGCUGGAUAAGGCUGUGGACUGCUACAUGAGUGCUCUUGACAUCAAACAUACAAGAGCUCAUCAAGGGUUGGCACGUGUUUAUCAUCUUAAAAAUCAACGAAAAGCCGCAUAUGAUGAGAUGACCAAGCUAAUAGAGAAAGCACAAAACAAUGCAUCAGCUUACGAAAAACGGUCAGAGUACUGUGAUCCCGAUAUGGCAAAGACUGAUCUCAAUAUGGCAACACAAUUGGAUCCGUUGAGGACAUACCCAUACAGAUACCGGGCAGCAGUUCUGAUGGAUGAACAAAAGGAGUCUGAAGCUGUAGAAGAGCUUACAAGGGCCAUUGCUUUCAAGCCUGACUUGCAAAUACUUCAUCUUCGAGCUGCAUUUCAUGAGUCAAUUGGAGAUGUAAGCUCUGCUCUCCAAGAUUGUCAAGCAGCUCUCUGCAUGGACCCCAACCACACAGACACUCUUGAUUUGUAUAAUCGGGCACGGGACUGAGAUGAUAUUUAACUUGUGUAUAUGCUGCUCAUGACUCCAGUGUGUCGGAGACUUCAUGGUUAGUGUUGAAGAGAGAAAAUUACCCUGGUUUCCUUGUUCAAAAAAGUUUCCCAAAAAUCACAAUCUCUGACUGAAACCUGUCUGGCAAUGGUCAAGACGAAAAGAUGACCUAGGAAAUGCUAUGUACAUAUGGCACACAUGAUGAUGAUUGUUGAACUGCAAGCGGCAAGCAGUCAUUUUGACCACACUAGUCAAAGGUGGUUAUUCAAGAAAGAAUGAAAGCAAAUGUUCUUAUAACUAGAUAGGAGCAUAGGUUGAAGAUUAGAAUUUUCUGUUGUAACUUUAUUUUUUUCCAAUCAUAGUACCUUGAGAAUUGUAUGAUGUCAAUUGGUGAGGAAAGGGAUCUCUAUAGUUCCAGUGUACAUUAACAGUCAUUGAGGACAUCCAAAUAUCUCAAUUAUUGUAUAUUUCAGA